AUGAAAAGAAAGAAGAGAAAGAAUAAAAUAAUUGAAACAGAAGGAAAUGUUGGACGACCAAUGAAAAUGACAAUAACACUUAAAGAAAUUUAUAUUGAAAGUGGAAAAAUAAUCAUUCAAGAAGUUACUAAUAUAUUAAAUAAAAAAGAAGAAAUAAAAGAAAAAUAUAUUGAUAUAAUGGUAAAUCUAUUAUUUUAUAUUCCAAUGAGAAAUGAUUAUUUAGAUCAACUCAUUAAUGGAAUAGAUAAAAUAAUAAUAAGAGAAAAUAUAGAUUAUUUGAAAAUAAAAAUAUUUUCAUUUCCUUUAAUUAGAAAUAUCAUAAAAAUGAUGAAUGAUAAAGAAAAGACAAUUAGAGAGAAAUGUUAUAAAUAUUAUAAAAGAAUACUUGAAAUAGAUUAUAAAUAUCAUAAAACACUUUCAAAUACAACAUAUUAUUCAAUUACAGCAAUUACAGAACUUCAAUUAAAAGAAAGUAUAAUGUUAGAAGAAACAUUAGAAGCAGAAAUAAAGAAUAAAGAAGAAAAGAGUUUAUUUAAAAAUGAUAUAAAUAAAGUUAUCUUUCAAAUAAAGAAUUUUAAAUGUUUCACAUGA